AUGGGGUCUUCUGCAAGCAGUAGCACCGCCUGCCUCGCCUCCUGCAGACGCCGGACUGUUGGAGUUGGAGCCACGAUGAUCGUCAGCUGCCUUCUGCUUGGGUUCCUCAGCAUCACCACAGCUCAGCCAGGAACGAAGGUCCCAAAUCUCGUUGGCACCUACCACCAUGUUGACCGUGCCACUGGCCAGGUGCUAACCUGUGACAAGUGUCCAGCAGGAACCUAUGUGUCCAAGCACUGUACGAACACAAGCCUGCGUGUCUGCAGCCGUUGCCCUGCGGGCACCUUUACCAGACAUGAGAAUGGCAUGGAGAGAUGCCGUGACUGUAGUCAGCCAUGCCCAUGGCCGAUGAUUGAGAAAUUACCGUGUGCUGCCUUGACUGACCGAAAAUGCACUUGCCCACCUGGCAUGUUCCAGUCUAAUGCCACCUGUGUCCCCCACACGGUGUGUCCUGUGGGCUGGGGUGUGCGGAAGAAAGGGACGGAGAUGAAGGAUGUGCGGUGUAAGAAGUGUGCUCAGGGUACCUUCUCUGAUGUGCCUUCUAGUGUGAUGAAAUGCAAAACUUACACAGACUGUCUGAGUCAGAGCCUGGUGGUGAUCAAGCCGGGGACCAAGGAGGCAGACAAUGUCUGUGGCCCCCUACCCACCUUCUCGAGCACGACCCUACCAUUCCCUGGUCCAGCCAUCUUCUUAAGCCCUGAGGACACGGAAUCUCAAGAAGUCCCUUCGUCCACUUCAGUUCCCAAAGGCAUGAACUCAGCAGAAUCCAACCCUUCUGCCUCUGAUAGACCAAAGGUACCAAGUGACACCCAGGAAAAGACGGACCUUGACAACACAAACUCAGCAGCAGGGAAGGACCAUGUGAACAAGGCCCUCCCGUCGGGAGAGCAUGGCGGGAACAAGACCCGUCCAAACCUCCAAGUCAUAAUACACCAGCAAAACACCCACCACAUACACAUCCUCAAGCUGCUGCCGACGUCCAAGUCCAGCACACCCACCAAGGAUUCCAACCGAGGCCACCUCGGACAGAACUUGCCCAAGUAUUUUGACAUCAAUGAGCACCUGCCUUGGAUGACCGUGCUGUUCCUGCUGCUGGUAUUGGUCGUCAUCGUGGUGUACAGCAUGCAGAAGAGCUCGUGGAACCUGAAGAAGGACCCCCAGCAGUAUCCCAGCGCCAUCGUGGAAAAGGGGGGGCUCAAGAAGGCGCUCGCCCCCACCCAGUACCGGGAGAAGUGGAUCUUCUACUGCAACGGUCACGGUGUUGACAUCCUGAAGCUUGUUGCCACCCAGGUGGGAAGCCAGUGGAAGGAAAUCUAUCUGUAUCUGUGCAAUGCAAGUGAGAAGGAGGUGGCUGCCUUCUCCAGUGGGUACACAGCAGACCAUGAGCAGGCCUACGCAGCUCUGCAGCACUGGACCAUACAGGGACGAGAGGCCAGUCUUGCCCAUUUAAUCAAUGCCCUCCGUCAAUACCGGCGCAACGACGUGGUGGAGAAGAUUCGUGGGCUGAUGGAAGACACCCUCACGCUUGAAACUGAAAAACUGGCUUUCCCAACCAGCCCUGGCCCACUUAGCCCGAGCGCUGUCCCCAGUCCCAACACAAAACUUGAAAAUUCCACCCUCCCGAGGGUGGAGCCUUCCCCGCUGGAUAAAAACAAGGGCUUCUUCGUGGAUGAUUCCGAGCCACUGCUUCGCUGUGACUCCGCCUCCAGUGGCUCCUCCGCGCUGAGCAGGAACGGCGCCUUUAUUACCAAAGAAAAGAAGGACACAGUGUUGCGGCAGCUACGCCUGGAUCCCUGCGACUUGCAGCCUAUCUUCGAUGACAUGCUUCACAUCCUGAAUCCUGAGGAGUUGCGGGUGCUUGAAGAGAUCCCUCAGGCCGAGGACAGACUGGACCGGCUAUUUGAGAUUAUUGGAGUCAAGAGCCAGGAAGCGAGCCAGACCCUCUUGGACUCUGUUUAUAGGCAUAUUCCUGACCUAUUGUAG